AUGGAUUCGUUCAAGAACUUGUUCUUCGAUUUCUCAAGAAACUUCGGUCAAUCACUGCCAAAAUCCAGAACGAAAGGGCUUUUCACUCUGUUUUUAACUCUAGUUCUUGCCAUCAUCUUCUUCUCACCCCUAUCCAACAAAUCCCCUGCUGUAACUUCCAAAAAUCUCGUUUCUCAUCUUCACCCCGGCUCAAAUUACAUCUCUUCUUUAUCCUCAAUUGUUCCCAGUGAACCCCAUUUCAUUUCACAGCCUCCAAGAACUUGCACUGAUGCUGUCACGUUUUCUGCUGUCAAUAAGAGCAAUGAAACUUCAAGAAUGCAUGAAAGCGUGGCAACUCAUGAAAACAUCAUCAGUUCUUGUGAUAUCUUUGAUGGGAACUGGAUUCUGGAUGAUUCUGAGCCGCUCUAUAGGCCAGGAUCUUGUCCUUUCAUUGAUGAUGCCUUCAAUUGUUUCAAGAAUGGCAGGCCAGAUUCAGAUUAUCUUAGGCUCAGGUGGAAACCCCAUGGCUGUGAAAUUCCAAGGUUUGAUGGAUUGAAAAUGCUGAAAAUGUUGAGUGGAAAGAGACUGGUGUUUGUAGGGGACUCGCUGAACAGAAACAUGUGGGAAUCAUUGGUCUGUGCUCUAAGAGGAUCAUUGGGCAAUACCAGCAAUGUGUAUGAAGUUUCGGGUCGCCGCGAAUUCAGGACAGAAGGAUUUUAUUCCUUCAAGUUCCAGGAUUUUAAUUUGUCAGUGGACUUCAUUAAAUCCCCAUUCCUAGUUCAAGAAUGGAAACUCACUACUAAGGCUGGAAUGCGGAGAGAAACAUUGAGAUUGGACAUGAUUCAGGCUUCCUCGACCAAGUAUCAUGACGCUGAUAUCAUUAUCUUCAAUACAGGCCACUGGUGGACUCACCACAAGACAUCUAAAGGGAAUAACUAUUUCCAGGAAGGCAACCGCGUCUACAACACAUUAGGAGUAACAGAUGCAUUUACUAAGGCCCUGAAGACAUGGGCUCGUUGGGUCGAUUCCAAUAUUAACAGCAGUCAAACAACGGUCUUUUUCCGCGGAUACUCUGCUUCCCACUUCAAAGGUGGUCAAUGGAAUUCAGGAGGAAGCUGUGAAGGCGAGACGGUACCAAUAACAAAUGACACCUAUCUUUCUCCACAUCCAUGGAUGAUGACCAUCCUCGAAUCGGUGAUAUCAGAGAUGAAGACCCCAGUAUUCCUCCUGAACAUUACAAAAAUGACAGACUACAGAAAGGAUGGCCAUCCUUCUAUAUUCAGCCAGCCAGAAACAAUUAGGAGGCCUGGGAUGAUACAAGACUGCAGCCACUGGUGCCUUCCUGGGAUUCCAGAUUCCUGGAAUGAGCUUCUAUAUGUUUCUUUGCUCGCAUCCCGCAAUAAAUUUUCGUAG